GAUAUAACUCGAAGAGAAAGGUGAAGCAAAUAAGCAACAUCAACACGCACAAAAUUGAAGGGACAUGCCUCCUAAAGCUCAACAUGAUUCAGACGAUGAGCUCAUUGAGCCUAUGGUAGCUAAUGCGAAUAUGGCGAAGUAUUUUGAUCUGCAUUACUCAGAAAAGUUUAUGAAGAGCUUGCCUGAGAAGAUUAAAGAUCGUGUACAGGUCCUACUCAAGUACCAUGAUGAUUAUAUGGAGCUUCAGGAAAGGAUUGAGCAGCAGGAGCAGCAGCUUCGAAAAGAGUUUGAUGCCAAAUAUGCCCCUAUUUUGGAGAGGCGGAGGGAAAUUAUCAAUGGAAUGGGUUCAGAGGUAACAGAUACGGAGGUGAUGAAGGGUUUCCCAGCCGAGCAUACUGGGAAAGUAGAUAUUGCGAAAGAGGCGGGCGAGGGAAGUAAGCGAGAAGGGCUCCCCGAGUUUUGGCUUAGCGCACUGUGUAAUAACGUAACGCUGGCCAGUAUGAUCACCGCACGGGAUGAGGGAGCGUUAAAGCAUCUGAUUGACGUAUUAUCACGAACUAUAGACGGCGGUUACGGUAGUUUUGAAGUGAUUUUUACCUUUUCCCCAAACGAUUACUUCCAUGAGGAUCAACUUACGAUCGCAGUCGUUAUGGGUGAUAAAGGAUUGACAGUAAAGCGUGGACCCCUCACGUGGAAGAAGGGCAAAAAUUUGACGAUGGAACCUGCUAAAGUUAAACAUACAAAGCGCAAUAGUCGGGCACAAAUGAAACAAGUCCCGUGCAACUCCUUCUUUAAUAUUUUCCAGGACAAGAAGGAUGAUGACAACAACGACAACGACGAUGAGGAUGAGGAUGAGGAGGACGUUAUUAAUGUUCUUCGGAUUCUGCACAACAACAUCAUACCAUGCGCUGUUUUGCAUUACACUCGUGAGGCUGAUGAGGGCGAUGGUGAUAUGUGUGUCGAAGAAGAAGACACCGAUGUCGACCAUGAUAAUUCAGACACCAAAUGA